AAGGUUUCAGGUGGGUGGGCAGUCAGAGGUCCUGACAAAGUCGGUAUUGUACAGCCAGUGGCCCCCCUCCAGCCAUCUACAGUACUGCUCCCUCCCUCUUCUUUCCUCCCGCUCUCUCUCUCUUUCCUCUCCUUCUCUCCUUCCUUCUCAGGACAGCCUCUCUUUAACCAGUGCGCCCAGAGUGGCGGAGAUCCCCGCAGCCUUCACAGAGGAAAGAUGACUCCCAGAAGAAGCCCGAGGCUCUUCCUUCUCCUCCUCCUGGGCCUGUGGACAGCAGCGGCGAGGACAGAAACGGCCGCUGACCCUGCCCCCACGCCGCAAAGCGAGAGCCAGGAGACGUGCUCGGGAGGGGGCAGCUAUGAUGUCACUACCAGGGACCCCCCUCAUGACCUCACAGACAACACCUUCACCUUCGAGUAUGAAGACACCACCCACUCUCAGCCUAUGGACCGCGGAGAUGGUGUGCUGGGUCCUGGGGCCAUAGCCGCUAUAGUAAUUGCAGUGAUCCUGGGGGCUUCUGUGCUCAUCGCCCUUGUCGUCAUCACGCUCAAGAGAUUUACCACCGCCUAGAGCUGACAGCCGGGCUCCCUCCCGCUUCAGUCCGGGCGGAUAGCACGCAGUCCGGUCCGCCCUGCACGGGAGUCCGUUUCCCUAGUCCGCUCCUUCACUCCGGACACUUGCACAAGCUCCAGGUUGCGGAUGAGCGCGUUCGUCCAGGACCUCGGUUUGUUCCCCAUUUCCACAGCACCACGGGAAAGAAGACGCUUGUCGUUUCCAAAUAAGAUCGUCGUGGCUCUCCGGCAUUCCGAGUGCCCUACCACAACGGUUGUUCGCAAUGUCAUAUCAUAUAGCUCUAAAAAAAGGACAUUUCUUAUUUUGUAUUUUUAUAUAUAAAACAGAAGCCAAGAGGAGCCUUCUAAUCAGUCUAAUCUGUUGAUGUAUCAUAAGCCUGUUUGGUCGACUCCUCUAAAAUCAUGCUUCCAAUUUGAUUUUAAUUUUAUAUAAUUUAAUAAUGACUAUUAAUUUAUACAGUUUACAAUAUUUUAUUUUGAGCAUUUCUGCUUUUGUUGAGGGAGUAAAUGAGUAGCCAUCGAUGUCAUUUUGAAUCCAAUGCUUUGGACCCGGCAGUGGGGAUGCUCAUGAUAUAAGCCACAGCAGAGGAAGUAGGUACUGUACAGUAUAAAGGCUUCCUCUGAAGACAUUGGUGCAACUGUGUUACUAGCAUGUGUUAUCUAGAUCAUUCCAGUUGUCCCCUUAGUGUUGGGUUCUUCUGUGCAUGUGCUAUUGUUUCAGACCCAGUCCAGUAUAUUCACAACCAGGCACUUCAGUGCAGCAACUCUGGGGUCACAGGGGAGAGCCUGCCAGAACUGUAGGACAGUAGAUGCAUGUUUUAUUCCAGGCAGCUAAUCCUUUAAAACUGUAUAUUUGUGAACCUGUAGCCCUCAUCAAAAAGAAUGAUUCUCUAGCAACUUACUGUAUAUUGAGUAGUCAAAUUUCAUUUUCCAGGCAUUGAGUACAAAACAAAGCCAGUCUGUGCACACUUGUUAGUCUGCAGAGUGUAUCUGAUGCUUUAGGAUUGUUUUUGUACGAGAUAGAGAAAUCUGAAAUGAUGCCAGUAUUGGGACAAAAUAAGCACUUUGACUUCUACAUUCUGAACUGAGUCUUUUUAUUCACCCCAAGACUGUUCUGUUGAGUGUGUGAAGUUAUGACCUCCUGCCAAGCUUUAGAGUUGCAGCCUGGAAAUUAUGCUGUCAGAACACCAGUCAAGAUCAGAUUCAGUUCUGCUGCGCCUGACAGCUGGGUGGGUUAACUGAUAAACAGGAGAUGUAAUUGGGGUGCUAUUUGCGUGGAGUUUUUUAUGUUCUCCCCAUGUCCACGUGCAUUUCCUCCCCCAGUCAUAAAAACAUACUGGUAGGUUAACUGGCUUCUAGGAAAAUUGGCCCUGGUGCGAGUAUGUGUGCGGUUGUUUGUGUGU